AUGACUCCAAGAAUUAUUAAUUGUGUGGGUCAAUUACCCUAUAAGAUACAAUUGGGAUCCAAUAAUGACAAAUAUAAAGUCUCUUUAAUUGAAGGUAACGGUCCCUUAUACUCCUCCCUCCACUAUCUAAGUAACCCUGAGAACGGGUAUGAGCAGCAUAUCGUUGGUUGGACUGGUGAGCUUAAAAGAAACUCUUCUAUCGAUCUAUCGGUUAAAGAUUUGAAACUGCAAAAGAAAAAUAAAGAUAAUACCGCCGACGCAAACGCUAAUGCGAAUUCCAAUCAACCAAUCUCAGAUGAAGAUCCGCUAUAUUUGACUAAAGAGCAAUUACAAAAUUUGAACGGGGCCAUCCAAUCCAAGUAUUCCAAAGACGUUUCUCCUUCGAAUGCCCAGAUCCAUCCAGUCUGGUUAUUACGUCGUAAUCAAAGUUCUUGGAGAAACUAUGCUGAAAAUAUCAUUUGGCCCACUUUCCAUUAUAUUUUAAAUCAAUCCAAUGAUGGUGAAAAUGAAACUAAUUGGUGGUACGAUUAUGUGAAAUUCAACGAAGCUUAUGCUCAAAAGAUUGGUGAAAUCUAUACCCCUGGUGAUAUCAUUUGGAUCCAUGAUUAUUACCUUUUAUUAUUACCACAAUUAUUAAAGAUGAACUUACAAAACGAUGAUUCAGCACCACCAAUUAUCACUUACUUCCAUCAUGCUCCUUGGCCAAGUAAUGAAUAUUUCCGUUGUUUGCCAAGAAGAAAACAAAUCUUGGACGGUAUGGUAGGUGCGGAUAGAAUCACGUUCCAAAAUGAAAGUUUUGCCAGACAUUUCGUCUCAAGUUGUAAACGUCUUCUGGAUUCCACUUCCAAGAUGUCUAUCAAUAAAAGAGACAAACAACAAUAUCAUGUCUCUGUCUAUGGUGGGGAUGUCAUGGUAGAUUCUUUACCCAUUGGUGUAGAUAAAGAAAAAUUAUUGAAUGACGCUUUUACAAAGGAUAUAGAUGAUAAAGUCAUUUCAAUUAAACAAGCUUAUCAAGAUAAAAAAAUCAUCAUCGGUAGAGAUAGAUUCGAUUCAGUAAGAGGUGUGGUACAAAAAUUGAGAGCUUUUGAAACUUUCUUGGCCAUGUAUCCAGAAUGGAGAAAUAAAGUUGUCUUGAUCCAAGUCUCUACACCAACAACAAAUAAAGAUUCUCCACAAACGAUUAAAUUGGAACAACAAGUUAAUGAGUUGGUCAAUUCUAUUAAUUCUAGAUAUGGUACUUUGAAUUUCUCUCCAGUACAACAUUAUUAUAUGAGAAUCCCCAAUGAUGUUUAUUAUUCAUUAAUGAGAGUUGCAGAUUUAUGUUUGAUCACCACAGUAAGAGAUGGUAUCAAUACUACUGCUUUUGAAUAUGUAACCAUCAAAUCCAAGACCUCUGCAUUCAAUUGUGCCAAUAAUCCUUUAAUCUUGAGUGAAUUCUCAGGUAGUUCUAUUGUAUUAAAGGAUUCCAUUUUAAUUAACCCAUGGGAUUCUGUUGCAGUUGCUAAAGAGACUCAUAAAGCUUUAAUAAUGACUAAUGAAGAGAAAUCCAUGUUACAAGGUAAAUUAUACCCACAAGUACCUACUAUUCAAAAUUGGACUGAAAUUUAUUUAGAGACGUUAAAUCAAAUGAUGAAUAAAUCUAAUCAAAAUAAAAAAAUGUCCCCAGCUUUGAAUAGACCUAUUUUAUUUGAAAAUUAUAAUUCUGCCAAGAGAAGAUUAUUUUGUUUCGAUUAUGAUGGUACAUUAACCCCAAUUGUUAAAGAUCCUGCUGCAGCUAUCCCCACAGCACGUCUUUAUUCCAUCAUUGAAAAAUUAUCUCGUGACCCCAAGAAUCAAAUUUGGAUCAUUUCUGGUAGAGAUCAAAAAUUCUUAAAUAAAUGGUGGGGGUCUAAAUUUAAACAAUUAGGUUUAAGUGCAGAACAUGGUUGUUUCAUUAGAGAUGUAAAUAGUGAUGAUUGGAUUAAUUUAACUGAACAAACUGAUAUGUCAUGGCAAAAGAAAGUGAUUUUCACCAUGGAAGAAUUUGUAGACAAAACACCAGGUUCCUUUAUUGAAAAAAAGAAAUGUGCUAUUGUUUGGCAUUAUAGAAGAUCUGUUCCAGAAUUGGGUGAAUUCAAUGCAGAAUCUUUAAAGAAUAAUUUAUUACAAUUUGCUGAUGAUUACAAUUUAGAAGUCAUGGAAGGUAAAGCUAACAUUGAAGUUAGACCAAGAAUUUUCAAUAAAGGUGAAAUUGUCAAGAAAUUGAUUUGGCAUAAACAUUCUGGUGAACAAGAUUUUGCCAACAAUGAAAUUAAUAAAUCUUUACCAAAGGAUUCCAUGCCUGAUUUUGUGUUAUGUUUAGGUGAUGAUGCUACUGAUGAAGAUAUGUUUAGACAAAUGAAUUCUAUUGAAGAAGAAUGGUCUACCAUGUAUCCAAAGGAUAAAAAUAAAUUCAAUAAUUUUGGAUUUUAUCCAGUUACAGUAGGCUCUUCAUCAAAGCAAACUGUGGCUAAAGCUCAUUUAACUGAUCCACAACAAGUUAUUGAAACAUUAGGAUUAUUAGUAGGUGAUGUUUCUAUUUUCCAAAGUCCAGGGACUGUGGAUUUAGAUACUAGGGGCCAUGUGAAAAAUAGUCCAAGUAGUAAAAAAUCAGAAGAAGCUGCAGUAGCUUAUGCUGAGCGUAAUGGUAAUUAA